GGCUCCUGGUCCCCACGGCUGCGAACUGAUCCGGCGCGGUGGGGAGGAGGAGGAGAGCUCAGGCGAGCGGGCACGAGCCAGGGCAGAGCGCCGUGGGGCACAGCGAAUAGUGACCGCCUUCCGGAGCCGGGAUUCAUGACUGUCCUCGGGACCUGCGGAGGGGACUUGAGGGCUGAGUAUGAGCCAGGCUGCUAGGAGCCAGGUACCCCCACGCCUGCAGUCCCCGCGCCGUCCCCGGUAUGCGAGCUGGACGCAGGGCUCUCCCAAGUUCCCACUAAGCCGAAUAAAAAGCGUCCUCCCGCAGCUCUCCACGCAAGACAGACAUUGACUCCAGGACUCCACAGAAUGGAGCAAGAAUGAGAGGAAAAAGGCCGGCAGAAAAGCAUGAACUGGAGGUUUGUUGAGCUCCUCUCCUUCCUGAUUAUAUGGGGCCCUAUCUCAGUGCAGCCCUCCCACCAGGAGUCAGCUGGGACAGACCAACAUGUCUCCAAGGAAUUUGAUUGGCUUAUUUCAGACAGGGGGCCUUUCCACCACUCCAGGAGCUACCUGUCCUUUGUGGAAAGACACCGUCAAGGAUUUACAACCAGAUAUAAAAUAUACAGGGAGUUUGCCCGUUGGAAGGUGAGGAACACAGCCAUUGAGAGGAGAGAUCUGGUCCGUCAUCCAGUGCCCCUCAUGCCGGAGUUUCAAAGGAGCAUCCGCCUGCUUGGCAGGAGACCCACCACUCAGCAAUUCAUCGAUACCAUCAUCAAAAAGUACGGCACGCACCUCCUCAUCUCUGCCACCUUGGGAGGGGAGGAGGCUUUAACCAUGUACAUGGAUAAGAGUCGCCUCGACAGGAAAUCAGGGAAUGCCACUCAAAGUGUUGAAGCUCUGCACCAGCUUGCAUCAUCCUACUUUGUUGACCGUGAUGGCACCAUGAGGAGGCUCCAUGAGAUCCAGAUAUCAACUGGAGCAAUCAAGGUCACAGAGACACGUACUGGGCCUCUGGGCUGUAACAGCUAUGAUAAUCUGGACUCUGUGAGUUCUGUCCUUCUGCAAAGCACGGAGAGUAAACUGCACCUUCAAGGUCUUCAGAUAAUCUUCCCUCAGUAUCUGCAAGAGAAGUUUGUCCAAUCAGCCCUGAGUUACAUCAUGUGCAAUGGUGAAGGGGAGUACGUAUGCCAUGACAGCCAGUGUCGCUGCCAGUGUGCAGAGGAGUUCCCACAGUGCAACUGCCCCAUCACUGACAUCCAGAUUAUGGAGUACACACUGGCCAACAUGGCUAAGUCUUGGGCUGAAGCUUAUAAGGACCUGGAGAAUUCAGAUGAAUUUAAAUCAUUCAUGAAGCGUCUUCCCAACAACCACUUCCUGACCAUCGGGAGCAUCCAUCAGCACUGGGGCAACGACUGGGACCUGCAGAACCGCUACAAGCUCUUGCAGAGCGCCACCGAGGCCCAGCGGCAGAAGAUCCAGCGCACGGCCCGCAAGCUCUUCGGCCUGAGCGUCCGCUGCCGCCACAAUCCCAACCACCAGCUGCCCAGAGAGAGGACCAUUCAGCAGUGGCUUGCAAGGGUACAGUCACUUCUCUACUGCAAUGAGAAUGGGUUCUGGGGGACCUUCCUGGAGAGCCAGAGGAGCUGCGUCUGCCAUGGUAGCACCACGCUUUGCCAGCGCCCCAUCCCCUGCAUCAUAGGCGGGAAUAACAGCUGUGCCAUGUGCAGCCUGGCCAACAUCUCACUCUGUGGCUCCUGCAACAAGGGCUACAAGCUGUACCGAGGCCGCUGCGAGCCACAGAACGUGGACUCGGAGCGGAGCGAGCAGUUCAUUAGCUUCGAGACAGACCUGGACUUCCAGGAUCUGGAGCUUAAGUACUUGUUGCAGAAGAUGGACUCGCGCCUCUAUGUCCACACCACUUUCAUCAGCAACGAGAUCCGCCUCGACACCUUCUUUGACCCUCGGUGGCGCAAGCGCAUGUCCCUCACACUCAAGAGCAACAAGAACCGCAUGGACUUCAUACACAUGGUGAUUGGCAUGUCAAUGCGCAUCUGCCAGAUGCGCAACAGCAGCCUAGACCCCAUGUUCUUUGUCUAUGUUAACCCGUUCAGUGGUAGUCACUCGGAGGGCUGGAAUAUGCCCUUCGGGGAAUUCGGCUACCCACGCUGGGAAAAGAUCCGCCUCCAAAACAGCCAAUGCUACAACUGGACUCUCUUGCUGGGCAACAGGUGGAAAACGUUUUUCGAGACGGUCCAUAUUUACCUACGUAGUCGGACUCGGCUCCCUACCCUCCUGCGCAAUGAGACUGGCCAGGGCCCUGUGGACCUGUCAGAUCCCUCCAAGAGGCAGUUCUACAUCAAGAUCUCAGAUGUGCAGGUGUUUGGAUACAGCCUGAGAUUCAAUGCCGACCUCCUCCGAAGCGCAGUACAGCAGGUCAACCAGUCCUAUACACAAGGCGGCCAAUUCUACUCCUCUUCAUCCGUGAUGCUCCUCUUGUUGGAUAUUCGGGACCGAAUUAACCGAUUGGCCCCUCCAGUGGCCCCAGGGAAACCCCAGCUGGACCUGUUCUCCUGUAUGCUGAAACACCGACUGAAACUGACCAACUCCGAGAUCAUCAGAGUGAACCACGCCUUGGAUCUCUACAACACCGAGAUUCUCAAACAGUCGGACCAGAUGACCGCCAAACUCUGCUAACCCGGACUCCUUGCCCCGACUUUCCCUUUUGAUGUACAAACGAAACAAAACAGAACGAAACAAAACACAACAAAAAUUUGUAAAAUGUAAUUAAUAGUCAAAGAAAAGGAGGAAAAUC